CUGACCAAUCGAAGCUCAACCGAAGAGCUAAAUGUCUGACCCCAGUGCCUGGCGCUGGCUGAGCUCCUGGUGCCCGCCGCUGCCGCCGCGCCAGGGCGCACCCGCUGGCUGGCAGUCGCACCGUCCCCGCCGCGCCGGGAACUCCCGGGCCUGGAGAAGGAGGCCGCCUGGGGCGACGCGCCACCUCCGCCUGGGGAAUCUUUGAUGAGACCGGCUUUCUCCCUCUGCCACUGCUGCUGUGGAGUGGACGGAAAAGCGCACCGGGUCCGGGGUAGGGCGCAGGGGCCAAGAGAGUGACAACGAUGUGACUCCGCUGCCGGGGAUCCGAGAGCUUUGUGUGGACCCCGAGUUCCACCAGGUGAGAAGAGUGAUGACCAUCCUUUUCCUUACUAUGGUUAUUUCAUACCUCGGUUGCAUGAAGGCUGCGCCCAUGAAAGAGGCAAACGUCCAUGGACAGGGCAGCUUGGCCUACCCAGGUGUGCGGACCCAUGGGACUCUGGAGAGCGUGAAUGGGCCCAGGGCAGGUUCGAGAGGUCUGACGACAUCGCUGGCUGACACUUUUGAACACGUGAUCGAAGAGCUGCUGGAUGAGGACCAGAAGGUUCGGCCCAACGGAGUAAACCAUAAGGACGCGGACUUGUAUACUUCCCGGGUGAUGCUCAGCAGUCAAGUGCCUUUGGAGCCUCCUCUGCUCUUUCUGUUGGAGGAAUACAAAAAUUACCUGGAUGCCGCAAACAUGUCUAUGAGGGUCCGGCGCCACUCUGACCCAGCCCGCCGUGGGGAGCUGAGCGUGUGUGACAGUAUUAGCGAGUGGGUUACAGCGGCAGAUAAAAAGACUGCAGUGGACAUGUCGGGUGGGACGGUCACGGUCCUGGAGAAAGUCCCGGUAUCAAAAGGCCAACUGAAGCAAUACUUCUACGAGACCAAGUGUAAUCCCAUGGGAUACACGAAGGAAGGCUGCAGGGGCAUAGACAAAAAGCACUGGAACUCGCAAUGCCGAACGACCCAGUCGUAUGUUCGGGCGCUUACUAUGGAUAGCAAAAAGAGAAUUGGCUGGCGAUUCAUAAGGAUAGACACUUCCUGUGUAUGUACACUGACCAUUAAAAGGGGAAGAUAGUGGAUUUAUGUUGUAUAGAUUAUAUGGAGACAAAAAUUAUCUAUUUGUAUAUAUACAUAACAGGGUAAAUUAUUCAGUUAAGAAAAAAUAAUUUUAUGAACUGCAUGUAUAAAUGAAGUUUAUACAGUACAGUGGUUCUACAAUCUAUUUAUUGGACAUAUCCAUGACCAGAAAGGAAUCAGUCAUUGGCGCACAACUUUAAAAGUCUGCAUUACAUUCCUCGAUAAUGUUGUGGUUUGUUGCCGUUGCCAAGAAUUGAAAACAAAAAGUUAAAAAAAAAUAAUAAAUUGCAUGCUGCUUUAAUUGUGAAUUGAUAAUAAACUGUCCCUCUUUCAGAAAACAGACAAAACAAAAAAAAACAACAAAAAAAGAACAAAAAUCUGAACCAAAACAUUCCGUUUACAUUUUAGACACUAAGUAUCUUCGUUCUUGUUAGUACGCUGUUUUACUGCUUUCGACUUCUGAUAGCGUUGGAAUUAAAACAAUGUCAAGGUGCUGUUGUCAUCGCUUUACUGGCUUAGGGAA